AUGGAAGUUUUCGCCGCUCUGAUUGUGUCCAUCUCUUGGAUCUUAUAUUCCGACAGUGUAGCUAGUGAUUCCAUCAUUCAUAUAGGUGCAAUUUUUGAGGAAUCUGCGAGAAAGGAUGACAAAAUGUUUCGAUUAGCUGUGGCUGAAAUGAACAUGAAUGAAGAAAUACUGCAAAACGAAAAGAUAACAUUCUCUGUCAGAUUUGUUGACUCCAACAAUCCAUUUCAAGCUGUUCAAGAGGCCUGUGAUCUUGUGUCGCAAGGGAUUUUGGCUCUUGUUAGCUCUACUGGCUGUGCACCUUCAGCUUCACUGCAGUCCUUUGCAGAUGGAAUGCAUAUUCCUCACCUCUACAUUCAGCGCACACCAGCUGGAACUCCACGUUCUCAAUGUCCUAUUACAAGGAAUACAAGAAACAGUGAUUACACGCUUUCUGUCCGUCCUCCUGAUUACUUCAAUGAAGUGAUUCUCAAAGUAAUCACAGAAUUUUCCUGGCAGAAGUUCAUGAUAUUCUAUGAUGAUGCAUAUGAUAUUCGUGGGAUUCAAGAAUUUUUGGGCCAAGCUGGUCAACAGGGAAUAGAGAUUUCACUGCAAAAGGUUGAGGCCAGCAUAGGCAGCAUGUUCACAGGCCUUUUCUCCACGCUUGGGUUUGAUGAGCUGAGCCGUUUCCGAGACAUGCUUCGAAGAGCCCUACUUUUCCUUAACCCACGUACUGCAAAGACCUUCAUUAGUGAGGCAGUUGACACUAAUUUGGCAGCUGUUGACAGUCACUGGAUCUUCAUCAAUGAGGAAAUAAAUGAUGCAGAUAUUCGGGAGCUGGCAAAGAGAUUGACUGGCAGGUUGACUGUCAUUCGGCAAACUUUCCCAAUGUCAGAAAGCAAAAGUCAAUACUGUUUGAGAAGCAGUCAUAGAUUUUCUUCUGUAAUGUGUAACCCUAAAGAUCCCUUCACUCAACACAUGGAGAUCUCCAAUUUCUACGUAUAUGACAGUGUUUUGCUGCUGGCAGAUGCUUUCCACAAAAAGCUUGAAGAUCGAAAAUGGCACAGCAUGGCUAGCCUGACAUGUGUAAGAAAAAAUUCCAAGCCAUGGCAAGGUGGGAAGUCAACUUUUGAUGCAAUCAAAAAGGGGAAAGUGAGUGGAUUAACUGGAAUACUCAAUUUUAGGGAUGAUGGGACAAAUACCAAUGUUCUGUUUGAAAUUCUUGGUACCAGUUACAGUGAGGAAAAGGAUAGAGGGAUUCAACGUCUAGGUCUUUGGAGUCCAACCACUGGAUUGAAUGGUUCUCUUGUUGAUCAAAAACUGGAAAAUAGUAUGGAAGGAGUGACACUGCGAGUUGUGACAGUACUGGUGCCUCCAUUUGUUAUGAUGUCAGAGAACAUAUUUGGCCAACCUAAAGAAUUCUGUGGAUUUUCAAUAGAUGUUCUGAAUGCUUUGUCUGAGCACCUUGGCUUUAAAUAUCAAAUUUAUCAAGCUCCUGAUAAUCAACAUGGUAGAUUACAAAAUAAUGGAAAAUGGAAUGGAAUGAUAGGAGAACUUAUUAACAAGAUGAUGCUGUUUUUCAUUAAAUUGUGUUACUUUUCUUUUCUAGGAACAGGAGGAGACAUCCCCAUUAAUACUUUGGCAGUUCGCUUGUUGAUGGGAUUUUGGUGGCUUUUUGUUUUUAUAAUCAUCUCAACAUACACUGCAAACUUAACGGCCAUCUUGACCAACAAUCGAAUUGAAAACCCUAUUCGAUCUUUCCAGGACCUUGCCAAACAGAGAGACGUUCCAUAUGGUACAGUCCUUGAUUCAGAAGUAUUGCAAAUAAUCAAAACCAAAGGUCGAAAUCCAUUUGAGCUUGAACAAACAUAUGCUCAUUUGUGGAAUAUGAUAAACAAAACAAAUGGCUUGGAGAACUGUGUGAAGAGAAUUCAUGAUGGAAUUCAAAGGGUAAAGGCUGGAAAUUAUGCAUUCAUCUGGGAUGUUGCAGCCCUGGAAUAUAUUGUAGAGAAUGAGCCUGAUUGCUCCCUUGUCACAGCAAGGAAUUCUAAAGUUGAUCGAGGUUAUGGCGUUGCUCUUCAAGAUGGCAGCCCUUACAGAGACAUUUUUUCGCACAGGCUUCUAGAACUUGAACAAAGUGGUGAACUGGAUGCCCUAAAACAGAAAUGGUGGCCCAAAGUUGGGAAAUGUGAUUUGCAAAGUCAUGUUAAGACACAUGGAAAAGGAGGCCCAAUGGAUCUGCAAAACUUUGCUGGAGCAUUCUGUUUUCUUGCUUUGGGUGUUAUUUUGGCUUUCAUUGCUGCUGUGGUAGAAAUUUGGUGGAAAGGUGAAAAGAAAACAGACUCUCCUAGAGAGGCCAGCAGCUCUGUUCAACAUCAGGAUUGGUGGCUAAUGCCAGAAUUGCAAAAGGCCCAGGAGGAAGAACCCCAAUCCCAGGAGGACAAUGAAAUCGAAAUCGAUCAGUUCCAGAAACAAACAGAUGAUUUCUCUAAAGUCAGUGAGAGCUCUGUUAAAUUUUCACCAUCAUUUGUAGACUUGAAUUCAUUUGAACUAUCUAUAAUGCCAACUGGUGAAAAUCAAGAACAAUAUAGUGAUUUCAGGAACACUAAUUUGACAAUGUCAACCUUCAUACCUGAGCAGAUGCGGAGGACAAGCACAUGUAGCUUAUCAGCUAAGACUUCAUCUGGAUUGCCACUGAGUGGUACAGCUGGUCAACAAACUGCACAAUACGUAUGCACAUCACAAAAUGAGAGAGAUUGUAGCAGUCCUUCUUCCUUCCUCUGA